AUGGGCGCCGGCCAAGGACCCCCGACCCAGCCGCAUUAUGCGCAUGCGCCUUACCCGCCGCAGCAGCAGUACUACGCCCAUCCGUCGCAGCAAUCGGAACCUCAGUAUCAACAAUCUCAGUAUCAGCACCAGCACCAGCAGCAUCCACAAUAUCAACAAUAUCAACAACCUCACCCAGCGUACCAGCAGCCACCGCCGCAGCAGCAGCAGUACUACUAUCCUCCUCAGCAGCCGCAAUAUGCCUCACCCCAUCCAGCGGCGGCGGCGGCGGCGGCGGCGGCGACAACACCAGGUGCACCGCAGCCCUCACCGCCUGUUGUAUCUCCUCCUCCCCAGCAGCAGCAAUUCUUCGCCGAGUUGGAUGCUUCGGAACCCCCUCCGACAACCCUGAGCCAGAAACCGAACCCAACGUCGGCAUCAGUAUCAACGCCCUCCACCGCCACCGCCGCCGCGCAUGCCCAACUAUCCAGCCCCAGUCCCGCCGUCUUCGAGAUGCCUGCCGAGGCACCGCCGCCGUCCAAGGCCCAGGACCCCUCCCCCAAACCGCAUGCGGCGGCCCCCGUAUCCGGCACAGAACAACAGGCCGGCCAGAAACCGCCAGCCGUCCCCCAGGCGAACCCCUGGGGCUUCUUCCUCGACGACGGCAACGAUCUCUCUGAGUGCGUCGCCCCGUCCUCCGCUCUCGCCCCGUCCUCCACCCCCGCCACCCCGGCCGAGGACGCGCUCUCGGUGAAGCCCUUGCGGAUCGUCAAGACCGGCCCCGCCGACGAGAAGCCGCCAGCAGAUAGCAGACCCCAGAGCGGCGGCACGCAGGACGUUGCGUCGCAGGAGACCGGUGCGGGCGGGUCCCCCGACGCGGCGAAGCUGGCCCCGGCGCCCCUUCAUAUCGUACGUCCGCAAUCCCCCGCCGGCCCAGCGUCUCCCGUUCCCGCCGCCCCGCCCAUAACCCAGCUCCCCUACCCCGUCAAUGGCCCGAGCAUCCCGACCCCCGAGUCCCACCCCGGAGCCCGGAUCACACUGCCCCUCCACCCCCGGUCUGCCGCCGGAUCCCCUUCCAACCCGGCGUCCCCCACGACAUUCGCCCCUUCGCCCCUCACGCCCAUACAAACGGCGACCGCGGUGGCGCAGCAACAACAGCCGCAGCAGCAGCACUACCACGCUCAACCCCCGCAGGCAUAUACCCAACCACUACCCGUGAGCCCUGUUGUCAUCCAGGCCGGCCUACCGCCGACUCUGCCCGUCGGCUCCUACUUUCCGCAGCAACCGACAUACGCUCGUCCCGAGGCGACACAGCAGCCGGCUCAGGCCGGCGCCGCCGCCUCCUCCUCGGCACACCACAGCCCUGCGCCGUCCAUCUCAAGCACCAUCCACGCAGGAGAUCCUCAGACCGUCCAGACCGCCCAGGCUCAACACUCCCCGGCCCGGCUGUACGCCUCGCCGCCGCCCUCGUACACCCAGGCUGUCACCCAGGCCCAACCGGCGACCACAUCAUCGCGACCCGCACCGGCUCAGUUCCACCACCAACCGCCGACUCCGACCCAGCCUCUCUCCCCAACGGCAACCGGCGUCUCUCCACCCAUGAGUCCCCCGCCCUCGAAAUACCCGUAUUCCCCUUCUUGUGUGGGCGCAGACAAACUCAACCUCCAUCACCACCAGGGCCCCGCGAUCCCACAACCACAGCACCCCUCCUACAACCCGCAUGUCUCGCCCCCGGUCCCUCAGCCGCUCUAUGUCAACGGCCCUCAGCAAUACCACCCGAACGCCCCGCCCCUCCCGCCGCGGACGUCCCCGCCGACCCCCGGGGGCCAGUACGGCCACGCGGCGCCCUCACCCUCGUCCUACGGCCCUCCACCGACAAGGCCAAACUACCAAGCCCAGCCCCUUCCCCCCAAGCCCGACUCGCGGCUCUUCAGCAGCGCCACGGCGCGCAAGCUGCUCAGCAAGACGACGGAGCUUGUCGACCAGACAAUCACACCAUACCUUCAGGACCACCGUUACCGCCCGCCGUACAACGCCUACCAGUACCAGUAUCAGCACCCAAACAACCGGCCGCUGCCGGGGUCGCAAGGGCCGCCAUACUACCAGCAGGGCUACGGCCCUUCCCAACCGACGUACGCUGCCCCACCAGUCGCCCGGGAGAACCCCGACGUGUCCCGUACGUCCUGA